ACGCACAGUUGACCAACCAAACCAUCUUCUUCCCCAAGUAAACCACCUUCAACAAUCCUACAUCUUCAUCCUUGUCUAUAGUUCUUCUAUAAAUCACGAACAAAAUUCUGCAAGUAAAAGCAUCAGCUCUCACGACCAUCGUAGCAAUGAAGAGAGAGGGUCGUCAACACGGUGUUGUUCGGAGCUACCCAAUCCUGCCUACUCCCUUUUCUCGUCAAAGGCGAUAUGUAAAAACGGUGGAUUCAACCUCCGUCGCAGGUGUAUUCACCAAAGUUUCAAGGAAGCCUACAAAUCAGUCUAAAUUCACCGGAAAAUGUGGUAAUGCCCGAUGCCUUGGUUGUCAUAUCCAUCCGGUUUGUAAGUCCAGAGACAAGGCCAAAGGAACCAUGAAGCUGAGAUCAAUUGGAUCUGAUCAUCGUGAACUAAUCGGUUGUACUGCUGGUACUUUGGCCAUCGAUGCCACAACUUACUUGGCCAGCCAUGAAAACUAUGAUGACGGUACAAUCGAAUAUUAUGAUUGCAGUGAUGAUGAUACUAAGGAACAGAUUGGGGUUGAAGAUAAUGCAGAUGAUGGGUGGUUUUUGGUUGGUCAUUUCCAGUGAUUUCAUCAAAUUGGAUAAUAAUAAUAAUAUUAUGUUCUUCCUUGGGUAAAGGUUUUGCUUGUUUCUAACUUGUACAGUAAAGGAGUCAUAAAGUGUUCAAAAAUAACCCUUUGCUUUCUAAUUCUAAUGUAUGUGUAUUUGAUGCAAUAAUGGUUGUCUAUCUAGUUUAGUUGACUUUAGUUUUGUA